AUGUUUGCGCUACGAUAUCGAGCCCCGUUGCGCACUCUGGCGUCGCUCAGGCGCACGGUGUCAACUCUUCCAGAUAACAAACACAUUCGCGUCUUUAAAGACCCAUCGUCAACCUCGAGUAUUUUAACAUAUCUGGAGAGCGAUCCUCCAUCAAAGCGUCUGGCCAUUGGCACGACAACAGAAAUGCCGCCCACACCUCGGAGCUUCACCGAGAAUAAGCAUUUUCUCAAGAUCCUAGAUGAGGUGCUCCGCGAAUACGGUCAUCUCGACGAGGAUGUCACCAGCCAGGCUCGAGCGCUCGCAACGCCUCCGAACUUCCAGUUCAGCCCUGGAGGCGGCAACCCACGUCGCAAGGGCGCACGUUCUGAACCGCAAGGCGCGAGUGGGCAGGGCGGCGCCGGAGGAGCAGGCAUUGGAUCGUUUGUUCAUCUUGGUGACCGCAGACACCCGCCUGAGUUUGGGAGAAUCGCUUGGCCGGAGGACAUCCUAGGAAGUGUCGAGGUCGACGACUCGGGUAAGAUCUCCGGCAAACUAGAGCCGAGCGGCACUUAUCGUCCGGUGACGAAUGACGGAAUCUUGGGCUUGACCCCAUUUAUCCGAGAGAAGUUGAUAGAGCGCUUGAAGAAGGAGGAGGCGAGUGAGCAGGGGAAGUGA